CUUUGAUCUUUGUCAGUCAUUUUAGAUUUUGAGGUCAACUGUCAAUUUGUGCGCGAAUAACGUUUGUUGUAAAACUUUAACGUUUUGUUUUGAUUUUUAAUUGCUUUGCCGUGAUAUUGUAAAUGGAGGGCGCGGCGGCGCCUGAGACGGGGCGUCGCACCCGGGCCGCUCUCGCCGAGAUCCCGACGCGCUUGGACCGUCUCCGAGUCACUCCACUGCAGCCAGUAACCAACUUACGUGAGUUGUCGCCGGCGCUGCCCCCCAGCUACCUCAGCCCGGCGCCUUCGCCCGACGAACUGUGUAUACAACAGCGAGGCAGAAAACGACAACCAGUAACAUGGUCUCCCGAUAUAGACACCAAACGGAACUCUACAUUCCACUCUACUAUUCGUACUCCACCAAAGAACACUCCAAGUCGCACAUCACCUCCAAAACUAGGAGUGACACUACGUUCCACGCCGAGAAAACGUCUUUUACUCGGAGAAAUCGAACGCAUACCUUUAACACCUGAAAAGAUCGACUUCAGUGACCUCAGCACACCUCAGAAAUUUCAAAUAACCAGCCCCAUUAAAGGAACACCUCCAAUAAAAAGAUUCAGACUAGACAAAACCAUUGAAGAGUUCAGAGGUCCGAUAGAUGUCGCUCUAAAAGGUCUUAGUCCGACUCAACUUGUUAAUAUGAUCAAACGCAUAACCCAACACCAUCCAGAAAUAGAACAAGAAAUAAGAAGGGAAAUGCCAACACCCGAUCUCGCACCACUAGAAGAGAAAUUAAUGUAUUUGAAAUCAAACAUAUUUAAAAGUCUACCAACAUCAAGACUUACUUCGAAAACUGAUUCUCCGGCGUUCUCAAGAGCAUCUACACAUUUGGCUGCAUUCAAGAAGUGUUUAAUAGAUCAAGGGAAGACAUUAAUUGAAUCACAGCAAUGGGAAUCUGUAAUUAAAUAUGUGUUUCUUGCUUGGAGUUAUGUACGUGCGACGCCGGUAUGGGACAAUCAGCCACAUAAUGUUCAUAGGAAGCAGUGCUUUAAGGCUUUGACAAAUUUCACUAUGACCUCGUUGAAAAAGGGCUCAUUUAGUAAGGAUAUACUGAUAGAUACUCAAGACAAGCUGCAGGAUUUAGUAGCUGAUAGUGAAGAUGUACAAUCAUGCAUGAAAUUAAUACAAGGACGACUUCAAGAUUAUCUUUAAAUGUUAGAUAAUUAAGACAACACUAAUUUUAUAUCCAGAAUCAUUUCGUACUCAGUGAAAAUUUCUAAAUCAUAGUAAGGGCCCGUCCCACCAUAUUGUAAAUUGUCCGAUAAUCCAAUGUGUAAAAUAUGUUAUGGAAAUAUUGGAUUCUGUUCCCUUAUCUUUUUAGGCUAUCUUAGCCUCUAUCAGCCAGUUACGGAAGAGACCCUAAUACUUUUUAAUUUACAAAUAAUUUAACUAAAAAUAACUUUUGA